CUCUGCUCACCCAUGUGCCUUAUUGCCAGCUGGGCAGAGUGAGGCACUGGGAAGCCUGGCUGUGCUGCAUGGUUGUUGGGGAGCAGAACCCCAGGCUUUGAGCCUGCUUGGGGCAGUGCAGACCAGCUUGCAGCAACGGGCACAAAUAUGCUGAGCCGCUGCUGGAGAGUCAGUACAGAGUGGAGGGACCUGGAGGAAUUCUCACUGCAUGAAAUCACCCUCUCAGGCUCUGUCUGGCCCCAUUCCCCUGGGACUCAAGGGAGCUCCUGCCUCUUUAACACCUGAUUGAGUCCAUGCCUUUAAAAUGGGGCUGGGCAGGAACCUCCUACCCUGUAGGAGGAGGCUGAGCCAGGAGCAGGUGGGCUGAGUAAGCUGGUUCUCCCUCCCCACUCCCCUACCCCAGUACCUUUACAGCCCCCAUAGCCAGGCUAGCUUUGCUUCUGGUCUGGGUUUUAGUCAGGAAUUUGUACCCCUUUUUGGAUAUAUAAUAUAUAACACCUUUCUGUUCCUGUGCUAAGCUGAAGCAGCUGGUAUGGUUGUCCUCUUUUGAUAGGAGCUGGAAGCACCCUGGGAUCCUUUUGCUGGUGCCCACAGUCAGCUCUGCCUCUCAAGUGGGGAGAAGCAUGACUACAGGUUCUCCUUAAUUCUUCUGCUGGCCAGCCCCAUCUUGUCCCACUUACCUGCUCCCUCCCCAAACACACACUCACCUAUCAUGGCUAUGCCCAACCCUUUCAUCAGCCUCCUCCUCCUCCUUGUUGUGUCCCUUUCCCAGGCUGCAAAUCAGUCCCCACUGCCCCUUGGUUCCCUGCCUGCUGUCCCCACCCUGCCCCUCCUGCAGGCCCUGCAAAGGCGGGCUCCAGGCAGCCCAGGCUGGAAAAUGGGGCCAGCCAGUGGGCAGCCCCUGCGCUACAUGCUGAAUCUGUACCGGCGUGCUGCUGACCGCGAAGGCCGACCCCGCCGCAGCCGCAGCCUGGGCACCAACACCAUCCGCCUGGUCCAGGCCAGUUCCCAUGGGGGUCAGCCCUGGGCAGGUCGGUGGUACUUGCAGGCCCUCACCUACCACCUGGAGGGCCAGCCAGAGGCCGAGCACCUCCUCAGAGCCACUGUAGUGUACCUGCCAAGUCUGUCACUAGCCCAUGGUCGCCUCCUCUGUGCUCUGGAGCUGGUAGUGGCCAGCAAAGCACCCAGGUUGCUGCUCAGUCCUACUGCCCGUACUCGCCAUGGCUGGGCUGAAGUUGACAUCACCUCUCACCUGGUGCUGGGGAACAGCAGCAUGGGGAGCCUGGCAUUGCGGCACAUCUGCGUGCGUGCCGGCCGAGCAGGAGGCCACGAUGUCCCAGUGGCCCCUGGCCACCCUUUCCUUCUUCUCUACCUUAAUGAUACCCAGGCAGGGUUGGCACCUCCAGCAGCAGAGCCUCACCGACACCGACGUGAUACAGCGACAUUGGCUCAUGACCUGCCCAACUACCUGCGGGAGCAGGGAGAGGAGAAGAGUGACUGUUCCCUCCGCCCCUUCCCUGUCAGUUUUGCACAGCUGGGCUGGGACCACUGGAUCAUCGCUCCGCACCGCUAUAACCCACGCUACUGCAAGGGCACCUGUCCCCACCUGCUCCGCUAUGACUACCACGCCCCCAACCAUGCUGUGGUGCAGAGCUUUGUUCAUCAGCUUGUGGAUGCCAAUGUGCCCCGGCCCUCCUGUGUGCCCUACCGCUACAGCCCCAUCAGUGUCCUCAUGAUUGAGCGCAAUGGAGGCAUACUGUACAAGGAGUACGAGAAUAUGAUUGCAGAGUCCUGCACUUGCCGGUAAUUUCCACUGCCCCAGCACAUCGCCCCUGGGCUCUGCCUCUUCCUGCAGAUCUGGACUUUAGGGUUUAU